GAAGACCAAGGCUUUUCAGUAGAUGGCGGCAAUGCAACAUUUAUGGACGCUAACGAAACACAAAGCUGAAAUGGCUGCCAAAAAGGCACUGAGGAGUUGCCAGUAUUAAACAACUGUGAUACAUGUAGAUGAUUCAUCGUGGUGACAAUAGUGUAUUAUAUUAUUGACUCAAUGUGCUACUGGGAGUCCCAUUAGAUAGUGAUCUUUCAGCACGUUUGUCUGCAGAGUGGCAUGCAGGAGGUGGCAGCCACAGGUUUAAAGUCCAGGCGGAGGUGCAACAAGUCAUGAGUAGCUAGGGAAAUGUUUAACAACCAAGCCCAACUCUACAAGUUCAGUUACACAACCUCCACGUGAGUCCAGGGAAACUAAAAUGUGGGAACUGCCUGGCCGAGACAGGUGCGCCAGUGUUUGCUUUCACUUCAUCAUGUACUGAUGACCUGACAUCUGAGUCCAAAUGGAGCACCUACAGAAUCUGAAAAUUAUGAUUAAAGUCAUGGUUAUUGUUUUGCACUGUAGAGAUUCCUCAGCUGACAUGACAAGGAAGCUCAGUGUGUUGGUGGGCACAGACGUGACUCUCAGCUGCCUGUUUGAUAAACUGUCCAAGCUUGCAGAGUGGAGCACUCUCACGAUUGAGUGGAACAUGCUGGAUAGGCAUGCAGAGAAGAGCAUCGUAUACACUUUCGAGGAUGGUAAAGCGCACGGGAACAGAGAUGGCUCUGUGGUGGAUACAAUGCGGUUGCUAGAAAGCGAUGCAUCCCUGCAACUUCGUAAUGUGACUGUGGGAGAUGAAGGGUUGUACACUUGCAGAAUCAUCACACCUGUGGUCUACAUAGAGACCACUUCACUGGAAGUGCUGGCUCGGCCUUCACUGUUGCUUCCUGAAAAGGCAGCAGUGACAGAGGGGGAGGAGAAGACGAUACAGUGUGAUAUCACAGGUUUCUAUCCAGAGAAGCUGGCCGUAACAUGGCACAUCCAAAAUGGUUCCCACACUGUCCCCGCAGGUGCAAGCCACCUCUUCCGCGUCUGCACCGAAAUGGCCAUUCACAAUCCAGAUGACACCUACAGCAUUCGCAGUGGCAUCACAGUGCACUCCUCAGCAGUGAGGGAUGGAGAGAUGUGCAUCAUCUGCCAGGUGGAGCACCAGACCUACACCCAGCCAUACAACAGAUCUGUUAAACUGACUGUUCAAGCUCCAGCACAGCCCCUUUACAGUGCUGUCACACUGAUAUCCGUCACCAGUGUCAUCAGUUUGCUGCUGGUCACCCUUGUUAUUGGCAGCACUUUGCUUCUCUACAGGCAUUUCUUUGAAGCUCCGCCAAGUGUUUCUGAAAUCAGCCAGCCCAGCAUCAUAUAUGCUCAGGUGCCUUCAGACCUCAAAUGCACCAUCCACGGAGCAAGCCAGCGGGAGCUCAAAGUGAAAUGGUUGAGAUUAAGAAGCCGUGCAGACUCAGCGGUCCAGUCCGAAUCUGUUUCUCUGUUGGUCAGUGAGGAUCUGAGUGAGCAGGCUUGUCUCCAGUCAGAUGACAGACACCACACAUCUGUCCUGACUGUGUGUCUGACUGUCGCUGAAGACCUGACCAAAUACCGGUGCGUGGUGCUGUGCAGGGGCAAGAGCUUCAGCAGAGAGACCACAGUCCAGGUAAAAGUGGAGCCGUCUUUCCUCCAGAUCUCCAGUAUCCCUCAGAUCCCCAAGGUGGAGAAGCUGCUGGUUCUCUGCUGUCGGGUGGAGAACUUCUACCCCCAGCACGUGGACCUGGAGUGGUCCAGGAACGACGGAGAGCAGGUCCACACCGUCACAAACUUCGGACCCUUCUCUGACCACAACAGUCUGUACAGCGUGUGGAGUGAAAUUCAGCUUGUUAUGGCCAGAGAGGACGAGAGGGCCGUCUACACCUGCCGUGUUUACCACUCCAGCUUCCCUCCACUGGGCUACAAAGAUGUCCUGUACCACAUCAACACUCAAGGAACUCCUCCUAAUGUAAUGUUCAUCAACUGUGAACCGAGGUGUCCUCUGUUGAAUGAAGAGUUAACACUGCACCUGUGCAUCAAAGACUUCUGUCCUGAAGACGUGUCAGUGACUUGGACUAAAGAUGGAGAGACGAUUCAUUCCGGUGUCUUCAACACUCCCCCGAGCCUGAACAUCAACGGCCUCUACUCCAUUUUCAGUUUUCUAAAACUCACUCCCAACAAUGACGACCGGGGCUCAAAGCUCAGGUGCCGGGUGGUCCACAGUGCCCAGAGGGAGCCUGAGGAGAGACUCUUUACACUGCAGCUGACUGACGGCUGCUGAUGUCCUCAUUGGGUAAACUGAUUCUGCAAAACCCAUUGUGGCAUGCCCAUCCUAUACCACAUUAAUGUACUUCCAGGUACACGACUUUCUUCAUAUACAUUAGAAAUGAGACCAAACUUCAUAAAACCCUUGGUAAUUAUUAGUCCUUGCGAUUACAGAUUCAAAAACAUGUCUAUGAUAUUCCAUUAUUUUAACCAUUCAUCAAAAACAGGCUUUGUCUGACUCUGGAGAACAAUCCUUGAAGCGCCAAUAAAGCCAAUUAUUACUAUUGUUAUUGUUACUAUUACCAUUUCCUAAUACUUUUCUAUGAUGUUUCUUGGAAAUAAAUAAGAAAUUUGGUAAGAAUUUGGGAAAAUAGGACUUUCCUUGAAAAACCUGCUUUAUCUACAUUGUGUGCUAGCUUCUAGGUAAACUGCAUGUUUCAGCUGAUCAGCUGUGCACUGACUGGAGUUUGUACUAAUUAAUUAUUCUAUUAUCCAUAUCAUCAGUAAACCAUGUCUUAAAAAAAUAUCAGAAAAUUAGAAUUGGAAAAAUUACAGACUUGCAAAAAAUUGCAUGUUACCAGUGUUUGUACAGUUUUUAUGUGUUUGUGGUGAAUUUUCUAAAAUGCAAAAAAGGUUGUAGGAAAAUGUUUCACUCACUUCUCAGUAAGAUAUUAGAUGAUAUGAUAUAUUUGGAUUGAGUAUGGAGGAAAAACACACGUCCUCAAGGUUACUACUACAUGCUAAUGAGAAGCCCAAAGGUUCAGUAUGAAAACAAUGUAUUAAUGGUUUACAUUCAGUGUUUUUAAUUGCUGGAAAAAUAAACUACUUUGCUUGUCUGAU